UGAAGACUUUCUCAGGAUGGUCUAAGUUUCCUGGUUUGUUGAUUCACCGGCAAUUCGACAACAGAAGUUUAUCGAGACAAAAGGAGAAUUCCCAGCUUAGGUCAUCCUAGGAAGGGCGAAGAUGGUUUGAUGUGGAAAGUGACGUGGAACGCCAAGUGAGAGCGAUUGGCAGUUGUGAGGCAUAUGGGAAUUGGAGGGGAAACAUCCGUGCCUUUAUAGACGAGGAGAGAAUGGUCCCAUGCAGUGACAGGUCUAAUGACUGUUGCAUCAAAGAGAUGACAAUGACUUAUUAAGGACAAUAAAGGCGCUUAAAGUAGGGACGUGGCCAGUGUAAUUGAAUCCUAGCCAUCGAGUUAAUGCCAUGGGAGUGGAAGCACACCGUCACUGAGUACCCAGUUGCCCAAAACGAGUGAAGGAGAGAAUUCGCCGGGCGGACAGCAUCAGAAACCCUCGACGCCUAGAAACUCUGCUUAAGACACGUUGAGAGGUAAAACAUGCCCUGUCUGCCUUGGCAGAAGCAGGGGACCUAUAGUCAGGGCGGCUAUAGCGUAGCGUCUCAGCCACCUGCAUCAAGCAUCACACCGAUCCUGCGUGAUGCUUUAAUCUGCCUGGGAUCUGUAACCUGGCGGGUAGAUAGCUUAAUCCAGCUCCCUUCUUGCCGUUGUAAGCGAGCCCCCAGCAAUGCCCUGAUGACGCCUCGAGUGGAUUCACAGGGCUGAAAUAAUUUCCGGCGCAGUGAAGUGAAAUGAGCAGGAGAUGGGGGAGUUCCACCCAGGCACGGACAUGAUUAAGCAAGGGCUGUCUCAAGUUUGAGUGCCGUUAAGGGGUGUGACUGCAUUUUAUCGGGGCCGCGGUUAGGUAUCGAUGAAACCUGAGUUGGCUGGGAUUCAGGGCGGUUCCAUGUGAGUUGAGUAGUUGGUCGGCGAUCUGUCAAUAGGGGAGAGAGGAGAGAGAGAGAGAGAGAGAUU